AUGCCAUACCUCCGUGAGUAUCGCCUCGUUGCCUCUCGCUCUCCCAUCUCUUUGGCCAGUAUGAAUGAACCAUCGUCCUCUGCAGCAAAUAAAUCGGAGAAGAAAGGCGGAAGCAAACGACAACGCUUUCUGCGUUGGCUCAAAAAGCGACUCAAAUCAACCAAAUCUUCUGCUAGUCAUCCGAAUUCAACUCGGGUUGCUGCCUCUUCAGCACCUGGCGCUCGUGAACCUGCCCCAAGCAAUCAAGCAGAGAAUGCAGAACCGCCAGUUUCAGGCAGCAAUAAUGCCCAAGAUCAGGAUCAUACUGCCUCAUUGCUCUCAGCUAGGCCCCCUUCAUCAAAUACGCCGGUUCUGCCAGGUUCCAGCAUGGAUCAAGGAUACGACGGCGAAACCACUCAUCCUUCGACUGCUACUGCCCAGCCAACCUUGACAAAUCCUGAAAUGCUGGCCCCAGAUUGGAAAGAGACUACGAAAGAGCGUCUGGGAGUGGCUUCGCGGUUCACGCAGACGCUCCUUAAGAAGGUGGCAAGCUGUGUCGAAUCCAAUCCAGUAAAGGUGGCAUUUUCCAUUGCUAAGGUGAUCAUUGAGAUAAAAGAUGCAAUCGGCGACAACAAGGAUGAGCUUGCACAACGUCUCGGAGACACGGCGAACAGGCUCCUCGCUGUGGAGAGGACAGUGGUUAUCGGCAUUCCGGAGGUCGCCAAACAGGCGGUGGAGAAAUUGGAGAAGAUCCUUGGGGAAGAGAUGAAAAAGUUAGAGGUCCUCGCCGGUCAAUCACUAACUAGGCGGGUACUAGACCACGAAGAAGAUGAGAAGAAGAUCCAGCGAAUUUUUCAGUGUGUCGAGACAGCUACGACGAUUUUCCAAGUCGAAAUGGCCAUCAGCAUCCAGGAAACGGCGAGUCAGAUACAUGACGGCGUCAAGAAAGCAGCACUGGAACAUUUGCGUCCCUCCGAGAAGGCUGAUCACAGAACGGUUCUCGAGGAGCAGGCCUUGAAGCGUGAAGAAUGCACGUCCGGAACGCGCGUCGAGAUAUUGGGCAAGAUCACCAAAUGGGCAAAUGAUUCCUCGUUGGAGAGCCCACGUGUCUUCUGGUUGAGCGGUCAAGCUGGCUCUGGCAAAACCACCAUUGCUUACACAAUAGCCAAAUGGUUCGACAAGGAUGACGACAUCAACCAAUACACCACAUUCGGCGGCAACUUUCUCUGCUCUCGACAAUUCGAAGAAACACGGCAACGGACCCGUAUCAUUCCAACCAUUGCCUACCAGCUUGCUCGCAAAUGCAGAUCGUUUGCAGACGCCCUGUAUAUUGCCGAUAAAUUCAACACAAUCAACCACGAUGUUUCCAGCCAGCUGAAAGAUCUUCUUGUUGGACCUUGGCAGCAGUCCGAUCCCACUCGCGGUCAAGAAGUAUCACCAUACCUCAUUGUCAUUGAUGCUCUCGAUGAGAUCGCAGAUGGUGGAGGUUCGGCCUUUCUGCGGGACCUACUCAUAGCAAUCAAUAAAUACGACCUGACAGGUUUCAAGUUUCUCGUGACGAGCCGACCAGAUCCCGAAGUCGUUACGCUCUGCAAGUCCUUCACAUCAGAGGCCAUCUGUUGGCUCCAAGAUGUACCAAUCGAGGACGCACAGCUGGACAUCGGGACGUACUUGAAGACCAAGCUGCCAUUGCUUGCCAGCAGUCAAGAGCUGGUUCAGCUUGUGCAGAGGUCACAUGGUCUCUUCGUCUACGCUGCAACGGCAGUGAAGUAUUUGACUCGAGAUCACCGGAUUGCAGUUGAAGAGCAGACCGAGAUGCUUCGCGACCUCCUUUCCAAUUCGUAUGAACCGGCUUCUGCAAGCGACGUUACAUUCUUGAUUGAUGAACUAUAUCGGCAUGUUAUGCAUGAUGCCUUCUCGAAGUACAAGGGAAAGUACUUAACGCGCCGUUUGUGUAUCCUCUAUACCUUCCUGUGUACGGCCGAACGCACAUCCACCUCCGUUGUCGCCAACCUUGUUGCAGAUGGACAUGAUGGUACUGCAAAGGCUGUUGUGGAGAGCCUCCAUGCUGUGCUCUACACCCAAGGCGAUCGGAUCUUUUGGUAUCACGCCUCCUUCCCCGACUUCAUCUUUAACCCAACCCGGGCAAUGUUCCGUCUCGGUGAGGACAACUUCAAUUUUUGGUGCAACGAAGCUGCCCACCACAAUAUUCUCGGCAAGUCUUGCUUCCGUGUCAUGAAGUCUAAUCAUGGUUUGCGGUUCAACAUUGGUGACAUUCCUUCAUCCUUCUUGUUUGACAGUGACAAUGCAGACAGACUGUCUAAGGUCAAUCAAAACAUCAGCCCUGUUCUCAGGUACUCAUCAUGCCAUUGGGCUCACCACUUACCCUCACCCAAGUUAAUCAAUACCGACAUUCUUUGUGACUGCAUUAAGGACUUCCUUGAAAUCCGUGUACUGUUCUGGAUUGAGGCCAUGAACCUUCUUGGGUUGAGGAAUCAGUGUACUCCAAUGCUUCAACGUGCGCGUGAGUGGGUGCUAAAGUGCGGGGAAAGUCAUUCCAAAUUGGCUCGUGACAUUGGUGAAGCUGCCAACUUCGCGACCUAUUUCACUGGUAGCCCAGCUGCUGAAUCGACACCACACCUAUAUAUCUCAGCAUUGGCAACAUGGUUGCAGGACACCAGUCUCUGUUGGAAUUGGCAAAGGAAAUUCUCUCGCAUCCCUACCUUUACUCAUACCAGAGGCAGUACUGACUUGCCAUUGAUGACAAUAACUGCUGUUAGUGGAGUCAAUGCUGUCGCAUUUUCGAGUGAUGGCAUGCGGAUCGUGUCUGGAUCGCAGGACAGGUCUGUGCGGGUGUGGGAUGCAUCGACGGGUGCAGAACUGAAGGUGCUCAAUGGCCACUGCAACCGGGUCUAUUCAGUCGCGUUUUCGAGCGAUGGCACGAGGGUGUCUGGGUCAAGCAACAACUCUGUGAGGGUGUGGGAUGCCUCAACGGGAGCAGAGUUGAGGGUGCUCGAUGGCCACAGCGACUGGGUCCGUUCGGUCGCAUUUUCGAGUGAUGGCACGAGGAUCGUGUCUGGGUCGGAGGACAAGUCUGUGCGGAUAUGGGAUGCCUCGACGGGAGCAGAGCUGAAGGUGCUCAAUGGCCACAGCUACUGGGUCAGGUCAGUCGCGUUUUCGAGCGAUGGCACGAGGAUCGUGUCUGGGUCAUCUGACAAGUCUGUGCGGGUAUGGGAUGCAUCAAUGGGGGCAGAGCUGAAGGUGCUCAAUGGCCACACCAACUGGGUCGAGUCGGUCGCAUUUUCGAGCGAUGGCACACGGAUUGUGUCUGGGUCGAGAGACAAUUCUGUGCGGAUAUGGGAUGCCUCGACGGGAGCAGAGCUGAAGGUGCUCAAUGGCCACAGCGACUGGGUCAAGUCGGUCGCAUUUUCGAGCGAUGGCACGAAGAUUGUGUCUGGGUCGGAUGACAAGUCUGUGCGGAUAUGGGAUGCCUCGAUGGGAGCAGAGCUGAAGGUGCUCAAUGGCCACAGCGACUGGGUCAGGUCAGUUGCGUUUUCGAGUGAUGGCACACGGAUCGUGUCUGGAUCGGAUGACAUGUCUAUGCGGAUAUGGGAUGCCUCGAUGGGAGCCGAACUGAAGGUGCUCAAUGGCCACAGCAACGGGGUCACCUCAGUUGUGUUUUCGACCGAUGGCACGCAGAUUAUGUCUGGGUCGAGAGACAAGUCUGUGCGGAUAUGGGAUGCCUCGAUGGGAGCAGAGCUGAAGGUGCUCAAUGGCCACAGCGACUGGGUCAAGUCGGUCGCGUUUUCGAGCGAUGGCACGAGGAUCGUGUCUGGGUCAUCUGACAAGUCUGUGCGGGUAUGGGAUGCCUCGACGGGAGCAGAGCUGAAGGUGCUCAAUGGCCACAGCGACUGGGUCGAGUCGGUCGCAUUUUCGAGCGAUGGCACACGGAUUGUGUCUGGGUCGAGAGACAAUUCUGUGCGGAUAUGGGAUGCCUCGACGGGAGCAGAGCUGAAGGUGCUCAAUGGCCACAGCGACUGGGUCAAGUCGGUCGCAUUUUCGAGCGAUGGCACGAAGAUUGUGUCUGGGUCGGAGACAAUUCUCGACUGCGUCCGCUCAGUCACGUUUUCGAGUGAUGGCACACGGAUCGUGUCUGGAUCGGAUGACAUGUCUAUGCGGAUAUGGGAUGCCUCGACAGGAGCACAGCUGAAGAUGUUCGAUGGCCACAACAAGCGGGUCAACUCAGUUGCGUUUUCGAGCGAUGGCACGCGGAUCGUGUCUGGGUCAUGGGACAAGUCUGUGCGGGUGUGGGAUGCCUCGACAGGGGCAGAGCUGAAGGUGUUCGAUGACCACAACAACCAGGUCAACUCAGUCGCGUUCUCGAGCGAUGGCACGCGGAUCGUGUCUGGGUUGGAGGACGAGUCUGUGCGGGUCUGGGAUGUGAUGACAGGUCUUGGGCUAAACACCUUGCAUGCCGCCCCCACCAGGUCACUAAACUCGGUCGGGUUUUCGAGUGCUGAUACACAGGUUGUAUCCCACUUGGAUGAAUUUCUUGUUCCCCCCACUGUUCCCCAUAACCACUGUAAUUGGAGCCUCGACAAGACAAAUUGGCUUGUCUCUUCCCCAUUGCACAACCGUCUUAUGUGGGUGCCCCCAAAUGCAAAUGUGAAGCAACCGUCAAACACCGUCAUCAUCUCUCGCCAUGGUUUUAGCACGGUCGAUUUUCGACAAUCGAUGAUAGGUGCUAAAUGGGCUGGCUGCUAUACGCCGUAG